UUCGGCAUGCGMCUCGAGAGGAGUGACAAGCCGGCCACGACCACCAAUGACGGGGUGAUUCAGGUAACAGAAGAGAGCAACAUCUUCCUGAGGUUCUACGGGCUACAGAUUCUUCCUGACACCUCAUCACAGAUCAGAUUCACCGACCAUGAACAUGAGGAAGGUGAUGUUACCAGCAACAAUGCUCCUUUUAACAGGACUUGUGCAGACUAUAGCAAAGAUAUCGUUAUCAGGGGUGGCAUGAACGUGAGCCACCUCCGAACCUGGGGGGUUCUGAGUUUGAAAAUCAAGCCUCUCCGGAAGAGCGAGCCCCAGAAGGAGUAUGGGCUGUGCGUCCAGGAAAGCCAGGAUGGCAAGUGGUACCUGUUGGGUGAGGAUGACGGGAGGCUGCGGGUGGUGGAGGAGAAGAAGUCCAUGCUUCCUAUGUGGUUCCAGUGCAUCCUCAUCUGCUGCCUGCUGGUACUGUCAGGUAUGUUCAGCGGGCUUAACCUGGGACUCAUGGCCCUGGAUCCUAUGGAGCUCCGGAUAGUCCAGAGCUGCGGUACCGAGAAGGAGAAGAGGUACGCCAGCAAGAUCGAUCCCAUUCGGAGGAAAGGGAACUAUCUGCUAUGCUCGUUGCUUCUGGGUAAUGUGCUUGUAAACACAACGCUCACUAUCCUUCUGGAUGACUUGAUAGGGUCAGGCCUGGGUGCUGUGGUCGCCUCCACUAUAAGUAUUGUCAUAUUCGGGGAGAUUGUGCCCCAGGCUCUGUGCUCUCGCCACGGUUUGGCUGUAGGAGCCAACACUAUCAUGGUGACCAAGUUCUUCAUGUUGGUCACCUUCCCCCUGUCAUGGCCCAUCAGUAAACUCCUGGACUGUGUCCUGGGCCAGGAGAUUGGUACUGUGUACAACCGGGAGAAGCUAGUGGAGAUGUUGAGAGUGACGGAACCAUACAAUGACCUGGUCAAAGAGGAGCUAAACAUGAUCCAAGGUGCGCUCGAGCUCAGGACCAAAACCGUUCAAGAUGUCAUGACACCGAUCAUUAACUCCUUCAUGAUCCACAGCGACGCUGUGCUAGACUUCAACACCAUGUCAGAGAUCAUGGAGAGCGGGUACACGCGCAUACCGGUGUUCGAGCACGAGCGGUCAAACAUUGUGGAUAUCAUGUUUGUCAAGGACCUGGCUUUCGUUGACCCGGAUGACUGUACGACGCUGAAGACUAUCACCAAGUUCUACAACCACACGGUCCACUUCGUGUUCCAUGACACCAAGCUGGAUUCCAUGUUGGAGGAGUUCAAGAAAGGUAAGUCCCACCUGGCCAUUGUUCAGAAGGUGAAUGACGAGGGGGAGGGGGAUCCGUUCUACGAGGUGCUGGGAUUGGUCACCCUGGAAGACGUCAUCGAGGAGAUCAUCAAAUCAGAGAUCUUGGAUGAGUCUGACCUCUACACUGACAACAGCAGAAACAGGAAAAAGGUGGCACCCAAUAAGAACAAGAGGAACUUCUCUGCCUUCAAACAGAGCGAGAGCGAAUCCAAAGUCAAGAUCUCCCCUCAACUGCUAUUGGCCGCUCACCGCUUCCUGACUACAGAGGUGACGUUGUUCAGCCCGUCCCAGAUCUCAGACAAGGUUCUGUUGAGGAUUCUAAGACACCCAGACGUGAUCCAGGAGAUCAAGUUUAAUGACAGUGACAAACGCUGUCCUCAACACUAUGUCUACCAGAGAGGGAAGGCAGUUGACUACUUCAUACUCUUAUUGCAGGGGCGAGUGGAAGUGGAGGCCGGGAACGAAAACAUGAAGUUUGAGACAGGACCAUUCUCCUUCUACGGUGUCAUGGCCCUCAGUGCUCCCACGUUAGAGUUCCGCUGUCCGUCACACAUCAGUGGUUUGAACAGGACAGCAUCUCUGAGCGCUGAAGAUAGUACAGAGUCUCUGUCUGUCAGCGGCAGCAAUAGCCAGCUCAAUAAUCAGUUCACUAUCCCCUUACCAACAUACACCCCCGACUUUUACGUACGAGCUCUCACAGACCUGCAAUUUGUCAAGAUCUCGCAGGCCCAGUACCAGAACGGUGUGAUGUCGUCUCGUCUGGACUCCAUCCCCCAGUCACCUGACUUCGGCCAGCCUCGACUGGAGGGUACCACGUCCCCCGUUUUGACCACCACUCCCGGCAAACUAUCCUCCCGCACUCCCAACCCAACGCCCACCCCGGAGACCACCUCCCUUUUGGCCGACAAUACCACCUCACUCCUCAACGAGGAGGACUGUCUGCCCCACAACCUGUCAGAGAGCAGCAUAUGACACACACACACACACACACAACAGUACACAUACCUAUAUAUGUGCGUAUACACACAACCAACGACUGAGGAGACUG